AUGGCGGAUCUUUUUGAAAGCAUUACAUCAAGUCAAGACGUUUACACUGUCGAGCUCGGUGUUCAUUUUGCAUUGCAGAUACUCUUCUGGUGGCUGCCUGGCAUCACUUUGGUGUCAUUGAACUACUUGGCGCCGUCUUUUUCAACCAGGUACAAGAUUCAGCCAGCAGAGAAACAGCCCACGCUUCUGGAUAUCGGGCGAUGUGUCGCCGUCUCCAUCUGCAAUCAAGCCAUCGAGUUGCUCCUUCAUUUUUGUUUGCUCAACUAUUACACAUCUCGCGGCCGUGAGGCCACAGUACGGAUGACGGGCGAUUUACCUAGCCUUGCCGAGUUUACACGCGAUUUUGUGCUGAGUUUCAUCGCGCGCGAGGCGAUACAUUAUUACCUGCACCGCCUGCUGCACUGGCGGCCGUUGUAUAAACGCCUACACAAGAUACAUCACAACUUCACGGCGCCUAUGGCUUUUGCAUCGCAGUACGCCCAUCCCGUCGAACACAUCUUGCUCAAUGUGUUGCCGAUUACUCUGCCGCUGGUGGUGUUGCGCUCCCAUGUGCUGGUCUUGGUCGUCAUGGUGGGUUGGGACCUCCUUGCCACUUCGGUGGCACAUAGUGGUUAUGAUUUCUUCCUGGGGCUGGCCAAGAUGCAUGACCGUCAUCAUGAGAGGUUUCACGUCUACUUUGGUUCUUCGGGGGGGUUUGGAAUCAUGGACUGGGCUCACAGGACAAACGAGGAGUCAGUUGUCCAAAAAAAGGUCGACUAG